AUGGCAUCAGCUAGAAUGAAUGAAAUACAACUUAACGAAAUAAACGAAUUUUUCACGACAAUACCUGAAAAAAGAGCAACUACUGAUCGAAAAGGCAAAAGAAAAUCUACCGAAAUAGAAGAUUAUUAA